AUGACGGAAACAGAGAACCUCACAGUGGUGACAGAAUUCAUUCUUCUUGGUCUGACCCAGUCUCAAGAUGCUCAACUUCUGGUCUUUGUGCUAGUCUUAAUUUUCUACCUCAUCAUCCUCCCUGGAAAUUUCCUCAUCAUUUUCACCAUUAAGUCAGAUCCUGGGCUCACAGCCCCCCUCUAUUUCUUUCUGGGCAACUUGGCCUUCCUAGAUGCAUCCUACUCCUUCAUUGUGGUUCCCAGAAUGCUGGUGGACUUCCUCUCUGAGAAGAACGUAAUCUCAUACAGAAGCUGCAUCACUCAGCUCUUUUUCUUGCAUUUUCUUGGAGCUGGGGAGAUGUUCCUUCUCGUCGUGAUGGCCUUUGACCGCUACAUCGCCAUCUGCCGGCCUUUACGCUAUUCAACCAUCAUGAACCCUAGAACCCGCUAUGCAUUAUUGUUGGCUCUGUGGCUUGGGGGCUUUACCCAUUCCAUUGUACAAGUAGCCCUUAUCCUGCACUUGCCUUUCUGUGGCCCAAACCAGCUAGAUAACUUCUUCUGUGAUGUUCCACAAGUCAUCAAGCUGGCCUGCCCCGAUACCUUUAUAGUGGAGCUUCUGAUGGUCUCCAACAGUGGCCUGCUCAGCCUCCUGUGCUUCCUGGGCCUUCUGGCCUCCUAUGCAGUCAUCCUUUGUCAUAUAGGGAAGUACUCCUCUGAAGGAAAGAACAAGGCUAUCUCCACAUGCACCACCCAUAUUAUCAUUGUAUUUCUCAUGUUUGGACCUGCUAUUUUCAUCUACACUCGUCCCUUCCAGGCUUUCCCAGCUGACAAGAUAGUUUCUCUUUUCCAUACUGUCAUCUUUCCUUUAAUGAACCCUGUUAUUUAUACGCUUCGCAACCAGGAAGUGAAAGCUUCCAUGAGGAAGUUGUUAAGUCAACAUAUGGUUUUCUGA